GCCUCAUAUCAAAAACAAGCAGCUAAGUUGCGUUAGCUAGCUCCCCUGUCUAACAGCAGACAGUUGGCCCGCAGCCGGCGGAUCGUCACUCCAACUUUUGGGAAGCAACUUUUGGAAAGAACACGAGUUGUUUUACUUAGUCAGACAGACCAACCCCCCCCCAAAAAAAGUCAUGGCGUGUGGAGCCACCCUGAAGAGGACCAUGGAUUUCGAUCCGCUGAUGAGUCCUACCUCCCCUAAAAGACGAAGAUGCAUCCCCGUACCUCCAUCGUCUUCGUCCUCAUCCCCUAGGAAGUAUCUAAGCAUGGAGCCCUCGCCAUUUGGGGAGUCGUCGUCAACACUUAGUGCAGAACAAAUCCUUAACAGCAUCAAGCAGGAGUACAAACGCAUUCAAAAGAGGAAGCAUCUAGAUGGAGGCUACCAACAGUCAGAGUGCUGCUAUUCUCCAGAGUCCCCAUCCCAGUCGUCUACUAUGAAUGUUUCCAGCUUGGCAGGAACGUCCUCUGGAGGCGUUUCUCCUACCAGAAAAGAACAGCCAUUAUUCACCCUCAGACAAGUUGGCAUGAUCUGCGAACGCCUGCUGAAAGAAAGGGAAGACAAGGUGCGGGAGGAAUAUGAGGAGACCAUGACUUCAAAAUUGGCAGAACAAUAUGACACUUUUGUGAAGUUCACACAUGAUCAGUUAAUGCGACGAUUCGGGGAGCAACCUGCAAGCUAUGUUUCCUGAGUGUGGCACAGAGAUCUUUUGCAAGACAGCCUUCUCCUGCUGCAAGCUAUCAUGUGAUAUCUCAAGAAAGGGGGGGGGGGAAGCUCAUCAUUGUAAGAGAUUCAGUUUAGCUAGUUUAAAUGAAACUUUUCUUACUGUGCCAUAUUUCUGUCUUUGGGCAAAGGUUUAUAUGAAGCUGUUGUCAGUUGUUACCACUCUGUUGUAAGCAACUAGGUGCUUCCUAAUGUACAUUAAUGGACCCUGUCUCUACCAGUGGCCUAUGUUCCUCCUGCUGUACGUGUAUCUACAGUUAUCUCACUUUUGUAAUGAUUCCCAGCAUUCCAGGCUUUGUCACUUGUUUUCUGUUUUGUUACAUGUAAAUACGAUAAAGCAGUGCAGAGUUUUACUUAAGGUUUGCUGGUCAAUCUGAAAGGAAGAAACACAGCUGAACAGAGAGACUAUGUUUGCAGUUUGUCCUCUGUUCAUUGCUUUUUAAAUUGAGCAUAAAGUGGGAUAAUUAAUUUUUGUUCUCACUACCAGUGUUUUAUUUAUUUUGACUUGUUUUGCUGGUUAUCACUUUCAAACCAAUGUUCUUAUUGGACAAAACAAUAAAACAUCUUUUAAGAGAC